AUUCCUCCGCGCCCUCCCCCUCCAACAAUUCGCGAAAAUCUUUCGAGCUCGCGACAUCUUUAAACCCGUCUUCCCUCCGCUCCGAAUUCCCGCGCCCAAAAGGUUUCUCUCCUCAUCCCAAAUCCCCAACCUCGAGCCCAUCCGUCCCGCCGCCCACUGUCCAUGGACAUCGCCGAGAACGGCGUUGGGAGCGGCAGCGUCCGUGACCUCCCGCCCUCGAUGCGAUUCAAGUACGUCGGCGCCCAGCUCGGGUCGGCUCCGCGCGUCCUGCUGCCGGCCAAGAAGCGCGUGUUCCCGCGGACGGCGGCGGCGGAGGCGGUCGUCUCCGUUUGCCUCCCGGUGAAGAAGAGGGCCAUUGUGGCGCCGCGCCCGGAGGCGCAGGCGGCGGCGGGUGUCCCCGUCUGCCUCCCGGCGAAGAAGAGAGCCAUUGUGGCGGCGCCGCCGGUGGACGCGGCCUGCCUCCCCGUCAAGAAGCGCGCCUAUGCGCUGCCGACGGAUGCGGUUUUGCCGGCGUGCCUUCCUGCCAAGAAGCGCGUGGGCGCGGCGCCGCCGCCGCCGCCGCCGGAUGUGGUCGCUUCGACCUGCGUCCUGGCGAAGAAGCGUGUCCACGCGCCGGCGCCAAGGGACGCCGCCGCCGGUUCUGUCCCGGUGUGCCCACCGGCCAACAGCCGCGUGUGCACGACGGCGCCUGCGGGUACGGUUGCUUCGACCUGCGUCGUGGCCAAGAAGCGCAUCCCCGCGCCAGGGCCUCGGCAUGACGCCGCGCGUUCCGUCCCGGUGUGCCUACCGGCCAACAAGCGCGUGAUGCCGCCGUUUGUGUCGCCUACGUCCGUCGAGGCAGAUGGUGCUCGGUUCGGCAUUGCUAAAGAAGCCAGGCCUCAAGGAUCCAAUAAACACAAUGGCGGCGCCAUCAAUCCUAGAGUGGCGAAUGGAGCUGAAGGUUGCGCGAGAGGCAAAGAGUUGAAGAAACCUGAGAAGCCCGUCAAUCCUAAAGGAAUCAAGGAGCAAGUAUCCAUGAAAUUAGUCAAACCCAGAUCUCCAAGUAAAUCUAAAGAUCUGGAGAAGAAAGCCUGCAAGAUCGUCAAUGGCAAGCAGUCUGAAGUUGUUGCUGCAGUGCGCGAGAAAUCUGACAAGGCAGCUGAUGUUGCAAGAGCAGCACUCAAAGAGGAGUCGAGGAAUGGACGUGGUGAAGCGGCUGAUGCUGAAGGUCGCGCGAGAGGCAAAGAGAUCAAGAAGCCUGAGAAGGCCAUCAAUCCUAGAGGAACAAAGGAGCAAGUGUCCAUGGAACCAAGCAAACCAAGAUCUCCGGAUAAAUCCAAAGAUCUGGAGAAUAAAGCCUGCAAGAUCGUCAAUGGCAAGCAGUCUGACUUUGUUGCUGAAGUGCGCAAGAAAUCUGACGAAGCGGCUGAUGCCAAGGGAGCAGCCCUGAAAGAGGAGCUGAGGAAUGGAGCUGAUGAAGUGGCGCAAGAGCGAGAGCAAGAAGCCGUGGAGGAGGAUGACGGCGUGCUCUGCGCCGUGUGCGGGAGCACCGACGGCGACCCGUCGGACCCCAUCGUGUUCUGCGACGGGUGUGACCUCAUGGUGCACGCCUCCUGCUACGGCAACCCGCUCGCGCAGGCCAUCCCCGACGGCGACUGGUUCUGCUCGCUCUGCUCUGCCAAGAGCAAGCCGGCGGCGCGCCCGAGCUGCUGCCUGUGCCCGGCGAGGGGCGGCGCGAUGAAGCGCACGACGGAGGGGCAGUGGGCGCACAUCUCUUGCGCGCUGCUCGUUCCGGAGGUGUUCUUCCUGGACCCUGACGGCCGCGAUGGCGUCGACUGCUCCCGCGUGCCGGCCCACCGGUUUGCCAAGGACUGCUACAUCUGCGAGAGCAACAACGGGUGCGCGCUCGAGUGCUCCCAGCCCAAGUGCAGCCUUGGCUUUCAUGUCUCUUGCGGCCUCGACGCCGGCCUGUGCAUCGAAUACCGGGAGGGGAAGGGCGGCGCCAUCGUCGCCGGAUUCUGCAGGGAGCACACCGAGCUAUGGGAGAAGCAACAACUGACAGGCAAGUACAAGAUUGUGGCAAGAGGGCAGGAAUGAUGUGAAGACACUGAAGAGGACGAAAAUUUAUGUCCCUAAUUGCCUUUGUAAACGCUGGAGAUUUGCUGGUUGUUAGUACUUGUUAGGAUUUAUGAUCUCUCCUACUGUUUAGUAUUCAUUCUGCUUUGCUAAGUUGUAGGAAGUCUAGUGAUUUAUGUUAAGAAAAGUUGAAUAAACUGUCUUUUGUAUCUUAGAAAUUUGAGGAGUGAUAAAUGUCAGGAGGUUAAAUGCAGAACUGAGCUUCAGAUCUAGAUUUAGAAUCACAUGGUACUUCAAGAGCUGUGUAAAUUAAUUCAGCA